UGCGCUCUCCUAACCGGGUAGGCAUGCAGUAAGAAGUAGACCAGCAAGCAUUUGUUAUAAAGGAUGUAAUGAGUUUAUUUAACAAAGCCUAUCCUGUUACAUGUAGGACCUAGAGGCUUGAAAAGCUUGGAUAACCUACUCAUACAUUUCCUCGUACUGUGCUAGGAACAGCUAAUUACUGAAUACUUGAAGAAUUUUGGAAUGAAGGAAAACGAAGAAGAAGAAAUCAACAAAAAGAACACAGAAAAUGAAUAUUCUUCGUUUAGGGUGUCAGAAUUAUUACUUGCCAUUGAACGGUUAACUGCAGGACAACCAAAGCCUUACAGUGAACAGAGACAUGUAGGAAAAGUAACAAAAGGAGAAAAGGUCCUACUACUCACUACAGAGAAACAAACUACCCAUCAAAGUCAACUUACCAAAGAUAAAAAAUCACUGGGAAACAGAACUGCUGGAAAUAUUUCACCCAAAAGAACUAUGCUUAUAAAGUGCCCUCCACGAAACACUUUUGAAUGCAACAUGACCAGACUCAAAAUGUAUAAAAAUCCACAGGCUACACAAAAACCCAAACUGCGAUAUGAUUGGCUCACAAAACUUGAUAACCAAUUUGAUCGAGGGAUUAGGCAAUCAAAGAAAAAAUUUAUGAUACGUGAACAGACGCCACAAUCCCUCUCAAUACUAUUUUCACAAAAAAAAAUGAAGAAAAGAAGGGUAUCACUUGACAAAACAUAUCCAGUUCGAAGCUCCGUGUUAAACAGCAAAUCAUCUUUGUUCCAUCUACAUAUUCAACGGUCAACACUAGCAGGAGCACCACGUCAUGACCCAUUUAUUGAUUUAGAAGAUUUGCAGAUGCAGCUAUUCAAAAAACCUUUGAACAAAAGAGCUUCUGAAAUGGUAGCAGAAAAACAUCAAUAUGUAUUACAACCCAUCCCAAUAGGGAGACAGGAUAAAGAAGCUCUUCGGGUUCCUUUGAUUUGUAAAGGCAAUAAAUAUAUAGAAAAGUUCUAAAGUGCACAUUUCACCUGAUCUCUUUCCUUUUAUUUGAUCAAUUAAUAAACUACAGUUAUUUGAAAAUCUGAAUUGUCUUGUAAAUUUCUUAUUUUAAACCAAGGAACAUUUCACACUGUUGUCUGUUGUACCAUAUUUCUGGAAUACGGAGGUAGGAAGAAAGCACAGCAGCACCUCUACCUCAUUAGGAGUUUGUGAAGAUUCAGCAUGACAUCUAAAACUUUGACAGACUUCUCUAGAUGUGUAGUGGAGAGUAUAUUGAUUGGCUGCAGCACAUGUUCGUCCAAUCCUAGGAAAAAUAUUGUGCAUUCACCCGGUCUAUGCCUUUCAUAAUUUUAUGCACCUGUAUAAGAUCAUCCCUCAUUCUCCUAUGCUCUUCUUCAACUUGGAAAGAUAAAAUUGGCCUAGGUGCUUGCAAUUCAUCUUUAUCCAGUGAUGCAGGUUGUCAUUAUGGGGUCUAUUUCAGCUGCAAUGUUCAAAACUACAUAUAUUUCUAUUUUCCUUCUCGUUUAAAGCACCAAUUUUAACUUAAUUUUAACAAAUCACUGUGCAAUCAGAUGGAGUAUAAUACAGGACCCCCCAAAAAAAAACAGACUCCUUACCUCGCUCCUUAAGUAUCUUAUAACAAAACUGUAGAUUUAAUGUUUUACACCACUCUAAUCACUUUCAUUGGCUUCUUGAUACUAAAAUUGAGGCAAACAUCAAUAAUGCAGAAACAAAAAAAGAUCUACAAAUACUGGUUAUCUUGGAUAAAAGCAUAAAAGCAUCCAUAGAAAGGAUGUGUUUGCCAUUGAAGAGUGCAACAAAGAUUCUCCAGACUAAUUUCUGAAAUAGUGAGACUGUCAUAUAAACAAGAGAUUGGGUUAACUGUUCACUGUUCCACCUAGGGCAGUAUUCACUGAAGUCUAGGAAAGAGUGGAGAUCUCUUGAAUCAUGCAAUUUUCUUGCAGGGCUGAAUAGACUGGAUGCAGGAUGUUUCCAUUGUGUGAGACAUAUAGAAUUAUGGGGUCACAGUCUCAGGACAUGAGUGAGAUAUUUAUAAUUGAGAUAAAGACAAAAUGCUUCAUUGAGAGGGUGGUAAGCCUGUGGAUUUCCCUGCUACCAAAGGUGGUGGAUAUCAAUUUAUAGGAUACAUAUAUAUUGAUUUCCAAGCACAAAAAUCAUUAAGGGGUAUGGGAAGAGCACAAGACUAUACUGCUGAGAUAGAGGAUCAGGCCUAGUGGUAUUUAAUGGCAGAUUAGGCUCAAUGAGUGAACAGUCUUCUUUUUGUUUUUACUAUUUUGCUCAAGUAUGCCUGGUUUAAUAUUUGCUCUUUAGUGAUCAAGGAGUGGCAGUUUAAUUAAAAAUACAUGUCACUAACAAGUGAUAAUAGCUUUUCAUGUGAUUUUCCAUUUCUAUGAAUGGUUGAAACCAACUUGUUCCUUUUUAUAGAAUUGUGAUAUUGCUUAUGA